GGCCCAGAGUUCCUGCACUCUUCCUCUUCCUGCCAGGCCAAGAUUUCACUUUCGUUUCUCUGCCAGCUCCUCAUAAGAAGCUGCUUCAUGCAGACUGAGCCUUGUUUGAAUCCUUAAGCAAGAAGAGCUCCAGAUAGGAGGAAGCCAGGGAGCAGCUGCUAUGGCUUUAAAUACUGCGGUGAACCUACAGAAAGAGGUAUCCUGUCCCAUCUGCCAGGAGCUUUUAACAGAACCCCUAAGUCUAGGCUGUGGUCACAGCUUCUGCCAGACUUGCAUCACUGACAGCAAGGAGACAGACAUCAGCCUAGGAGGAGACAGCAGCUGUCCUGUGUGUGGUGCGCGGUACUCACUUGGAAACCUGUGGCCUAAUCUGCAUCUGGCCAACAUAGUGGAGAGACUCAGAACAGUCAAGCUGAGCGCAGAGGAGGGACAGAAGACAGGUCUCUGUGUGCACCAUGAAGAGAAACUCCUGCUCUUCUGUAAGGAAGACAGAAAAGUCAUUUGUCGUCUUUGUGAACGAUCUCAGGAGCACCAUGGUCACCACACCCUCCUCAUGGAAGAGGCCGUCCAGGAAAGUCAGGAGAUGCUCCAGGCGGCUCUGACGAGGCUGAGGAAGGAGCAGCAGAAGGCUGAGAAGUUGGAAGCUGACAUCAGAGAAGGGAGAACUUCCUGGAAGUAUCAGAUUCAGACUGAGAGACAAAGGAUACAAACAGAGUUUAAUCAGCUUAGAAGCAUCCUAGACAGUGAGGAGCGAAGAGAACUGCAGAGAUUGGAGGAAGAGGAGAAGAAGACCCUGGAUAGCUUGGCUGUGGCGGAGGCUGAGCUGGUGCAGCAGGGCGAGCUGCUGAAGGAGCUCAUCUCAGACCUGGAGCGCCGCAGUGAAUGGUCAACUGUGGAGCUGCUGCAGGACAUGAGUGGAAUCAUGAAAUGGAGUGAGAUCUGGACACUGAAGAAGCCAAAAACGAUUUCCAAGAAACUGAAGAAUGUAUUCCGUGUUCCAGAUCUGCGUGGAAUGCUGCAUAUGUUUAAAGAGCUAACACGCGUCCAGUGCCACUGGGUGGACAUCACAUUGAAUCCAUUCAACCUAAAUUUGAAUCUUGUCCUUUCAGAAGAUCAGAGACAAGUGCUAUCUGUGCCAAUAUGGCCUGUUAAGUAUUAUAAUUAUGGUAUCUUGGGCUCCCAAUAUUUCUCCUCAGGGAAACACUACUGGGAAAUAGACGUAUCCAAGAAGACUGCCUGGAUCCUAGGGGUAUACUGUAGAAUACGUUCCUGUAAUAUAAAGUGUGCUGUUCAACGAAGCAAGAGUUCUGAAAAUGCUUACUCCAUAUACAGACCUCAAUUUGGCUACUGGGUUAUAGGGUUAAAGGAUAAAUUUAGGUAUGAAGCCUUUGAGGACUCUUCCACCACUCAUCCUGACUCAAGAGUCUUGACUCUUUCCAUGACUGUUCCUCCCCGUCAUGUUGGUGUUUUUCUAGACUAUGAAGCAGGCACUGUCUCAUUUUUCAAUGUUACAAACCAUGGGUCACUCAUCUAUAGGUUCUCUAAGUGCAACUUUUCUCGGAAUGCCUAUCCAUAUUUCAAUCCUUGGGACUGCCCAGCUCCCAUGACACUGUGCCCUCCAAGUUCCUGAAACUUCCGUUCCCUCUCCCACUUCUUAUAGUGACCCUGGCCAUGGAUUUCACCUUCUAUACGUGAGCCCAUCUGUGCCAUUCACACCAUCUCUUCCUUCCGGUCUCCCAUCUCUACUUUAGAACUCGUGCUCAUCUUUGGGAUGCAGAGUGCAUCUGCUUUAAGUUAGCAGACAUGCUAAUUCACCUGUUGACUCUCUUGUAUUCUCAAAGAGAGACCUCUAAUCCCUUCUGAAGACAACACAGUAAUGGUAUAACGUCUUUGCCCUCAUAAUCCUCCAUAUAUUUCUUUUUUGAUCACCAACCUAAGAAACAUGGCAAAGCCUGUCUGCCACCCUCUAUGAUAUCCAGGACAAUCUACAAUCACUCCCCACCUACUACCAUCAACUAAGUAUUUGAGCGAAUGUCUGUUGCCCAGGACAUACUCAGUUUAUCAAAGGGUCAUGGAAAGGAAAACACAAGCAAUAUCUGUACACAGAAUAACAAUUUUAUGUUCAGAGUGUUGGAGUUCUAAUCCUGUCUUGACUUGUACAAAGUGUGUAAUGAUGAAAAAAUUCUGACCUUCUUUUUUCUUAAAUACAAACUAGGGUUUAAAGCUGUGCCUAACUCUUAAGAUCAUUGUGUAAAACUAAAUGUCAGUGUAAAACAACUAUUUAAGUGUCCUGCACAAUUUAAUAAAGAUUUGCUCUGUGAUUACUGAAAA